GAAACUAUUCUUCUCCAGUUGCUCUGCACAGGCAGUCAUGGCUACAGCCAGCUCUGCACAAAGGCUUCAAGAUGAAGCUUCGUGCUCUCUUUGCCACAAAUAUUUCACUCAGCCGGUGUCCGUAGACUGUGGGCACAGUUUCUGUCAGUCCUGUAUUACUCAGCACUGGGAGAAAUGGGGUUCUGAUUUCUCUUGCCCUCGGUGUGGAGAAAUAUGCUUGAAGAGAAAGUUCAGGCCGAACAAGGAAUUGGAGAAUUUUGUACAAAUAGCCAAACAGAUGAAUGUAGAGGUGGCAGAAAGUGUCGGUGGGGAGAAGAUAUGCGAGACGCACCAGGAGCCUCUGAAACUCUUCUGCAAAGAUGAGCAGAAGCUGAUGUGUUCCACGUGCGUGGAAUCCAAAGAUCAGACAAAUCAAACUUUCGUGCCUGUCGAGGAAGCUGUCCAGGAUUACAAGGAAAAAUUGGAGACCCAAUUGCAGGCUUGGAGACAAAAGAGAGAAAAGGCUUUCAAUGAUCAUACAGGAGAAAAUGAUAAAUGCAAGAUGUUUCGGGGCAGUAGUGAACCCUUCUAA